AGAAUGUAUUUCCCCUCCACGAAAAAAAGAAAAACCUUCACCAAAGAAUGAGCCUUGAUACCUGGCAUGAAUAUGCUUUUAUGGAUGUGGUUUGUUGGAAUGUCCUUGUCAUUUGCCUCAGUCGGUUUGACCUCUAAAUUUAUAUCACGCUUGAAUAAGAUCAAUUACUUAAAACAAUACUUUUUACAAUUGUUUGUCAAUUUCAGCUGCAGUAUGUCAGAUCAAGAAGCUGGAACGUCAUCUGGGAGCUCAACCCCAUCUGGGAAUGGCAAGAAGAAAAGAAGGCUAAACUACUCCAAAGAGGAGCAGUUGCAGCUGGUGGAAUUCGUAAAGAGACGAAAAGGGGACCUGUUCGGGAAGGCAGGGUUUUGUGGAGUGAAGAAUGACCAGAGAAAGCAGAAUACCUGGAAGGUACUUGCCACGGAAUUAAGGAUUUGUGGUGGUUCUGAGAGAGAUUGGAGAGAAUUGAAGAAGAAGAGGCAGGAGCUGAAGAGCAGGGCUCUUAAAUGCACGGCCCAUGCCAAGCUCACAGGUGGAGGACCCCCAAAGUCUAUUGAUUUUAUUUCUGAAAAGGUGUUGGAAGCAGUAGCAACCGAAAUAAGGGAGGGGCUGGCGAGCUCCCAGAAUGAAGCUUGGUUGGGUGAAUGCACAAGCUCCCAGAAUUUGGAGGUUGCUGCCCUAGCCGAAGACACGAACCAGAACAUGGACAAUGAUGAAGAAGACUUGGGAGAUGAUAUUGGGGAUAUUCAGGUUCUCUCUUUACUAUUUUGAAGUAUUUAAAGCCUCCUUUUUAGGGUCAGCCCAUGUCAAUUCAACUCAGCCUGUUUUCAAUUCAAUACUUAAGUCUUUUUGAAUUAUUUAAUUGAAAAAAUGGGUAAAUAAAAUAAUUUGGAAUGUAUUUGCAGGUAAUUUUUUUGUGUGUGUUUGUAGUCAUCCUUGGUUGUGAAGAAUUGGGUUGUAGUGCUUUUGGUGAACGUAUUAAGUGCACAAAGUUGGUGAUGUCACAUUGUUCAGCAUGUUUGGUUUAUAUAUUUUGUUACAAAAGUAAAACAAUGUUGACCUGAAUGAAAAAUAAGCAUAUUUCUUAGCAGUGUAAAAUACAUCAUAAAAUCUUUGUAGAACCUAAGUUUUGAAUGGCAUACCAGCCCUGAUGACACUUUAUCCCUCAACUUUGACCAAAGUCCACUAGAAAUCCUAUGAUAUUAGAACGAUAUGCUCACAAUGUCGCUUUAAGAACCACUAAUGACCUGGUGAAACAAAAAAAAAGUUUCUUAAGAGAUUUCUUCAGGAUUAGAACUUGAAGAAGUGACAAUGAAUGAGCUUAAGACAGUGGAUAUUCAAAUUUGCAAUUUCUCCAACUGUUAAUCCCCAAGAAUCAAUUAACAAUAGGCAUAAUAUACCAGGCAAUAUUAUGUUUGUUUCAGUUUACAAAAGAAAAGGUUAACAAUAAAGAAUUGUGAUUUGAGUAUAGGGUGUAUAUAGUUUCAUUAAUGAACAAAAUUGCUAAUUGUCAUUUAAAUUUCAUCAAAUUUAUCAGCUAGAAGGAUGGUCAAAUACUUGAAAUUCUAGAUCUAUAAAUAUUAUAUGUGACCAGCCACCAAAAAUCAACAAGUCUCCCAAAAUAAUUUUUAAUGUUUUCAUUGAGAUUGAAAAGCAUAGCCUAAACUUUGAUAUGAUAUAUAACUUGUCAAAAUUGAUCAAGAAUAUUCCUUACAAGUACUUGAUUGAAAGCAAAUGAAAUUAAGCGAGAGCUUAAAAAAAUAUGGAGAAAACAAGGUUUGAAGUUUGUGGUUCACUCAAGCAUGAGAUGUGCACACUCUGCAAUUUAAAUGAAACUUCAAAGCAGUCUGCAAAAAGUUGUGUUAGAUAAAAUGUUGUAUCUUGUUUUCUAGUCAACUUCAAAGCUUCAGCCUUUGACAGUAUGAAGAAGAAGAUUUACCCUUUCCAAUUAACUUUUUUUUUUUCAUUUUGAAGACCAAAUUAUUAUCUUUGCUAUUCAAAGAGAACCUUCAAUGACGACAUACUGUUGAUCUUUUGGUGGCUGGUCACAUAUGGUCUAAAUAAGAAUUUUUAUGUAUCCACUAAGAUAAACCUCCGGGGCCCUUAAAUAAUGAAAACUUUAUAAAUGGUUCCAUUCAUAAUGCAACAUGAACAUUUCAGGUGAAUUGACAUGGACUUACUCUUUUCACACAUAAUGAGAAAGUAACUCUCCACCUUUUCAAAAUACAUAAACAUUUAGAUGAAUUGAUUUCAUGCAAAUCAUUUUGCAGCAGUACCAUUUUGGCUAAUAUUUUGAAGGAAAAAAAAAACAAUUGAUCAAGUCAUACAUGAGUGAGAACACAGUGUGGGAUAUUUUUUUUCAAAGUAACAAUUUUCAGUUGAAUAAAGAGGAAGGGGAGAUACUUUUUCGUUAUUCAUAUCUCCAUCUUUUUCUGUCAUAAUAGGUUUUGAAUAAAAGGUGCAUUUUGAAUAUUAAUUUCUGUAAAUAUGAAAUUUUGAAAAAGUAUUCACACACUUUAACAAAAGAGAAAAACUGUGUGCAAUUUAAAUUCUUAAAUUUCAUGGUAUUUAUUAAUGUUAAUGUAUCUAAGAAUAUAUGAAGAAGUUUAUACAACUAUAUACUGAUCAAUUAUUAUAGAUAUAUUCAAUAAUUUCAUUACUUAUGAUACAGUGAAUUCAAGUGCCUUUAAUUUGUUAAAUAUGUUGACAAGUCAUAAUUAUAUGAUGUAUACAGAAUAUAAUUAUUUUAGAAAAUUGACAUUUACUUGGUAAUUUUAUUUAUUUAAUGUACAUAUUCUUCUUUAUGUCUAUGAGAAUACAUUUGUUCAUUUGUGUUUAAAAUAGAAAUCGUUGAUGAAAUUAUUCAAUUGUCAAUAAAUAGUCUGACAUGAAUAAUAAAGUGCUUCAAUUUUCAAGAGUUGCUUUUCUAAACCCUUUGUUCAUUAUAUACUGAAAUAGGGAAGCUGUUUAUUCAAUAUGGUGACAUGAAACUGUCAUUCAAAGUUGCUGUCACAAUGCUACUCUUGCUCUCUUCAUACUACUUUUAUUCAAUAAAUAGCUAUCAGUUAAACAUCAUAAGGGUUCCAAAUAAUUAUCGCAAAAGUAAUGGAUUACAUAAUUCACGGUAGGCAAUACAGUGCAUCCCAAAAAAACUAUACACUUUUGAAAUGGCUGCCAAAUAAAAAAUGUAGCACUUUGGGGGAAAAAUCUUACAUAUAUGGAAAGCCAAUAAAGUCAACUUUCAAAUGACACCAAAAAGUUGGAAAACUAUUCACGCUUGAGCGAGCACUGCCCACUGAAACAAAGGGUAUGAAAAUUAGGGUAGGCCGGAAUUAGCCUUCCAAUUUCUUUCAGGUUUUUUUGUUUGGUACUUGCAAAGUUGAGGGUUAUUUGGUGAAUUAAAGAUCAGAUGUGAUCAGUUCAAUGUUUGUGAAAAUUACAUGUAAUGCAUUAUUAAAUUGAAAUUUAAUGCAUGAGUGAUCAUGAUUUGCAAA